GCACACGGGGUCAAAAUACCUACAUCUCUAUAAGCAGGAUAACGAUAACGGGAUAGGUGAAGAUGGCGCAAUCAAUUUUUUGGCUGUUGUUUGUUUCGUGUAGAAUCAAUCCUGGAUACGCUUGGGUCGCAAGCAAUUUUCUGAUGACGGGGUCAAAGGACUAUCUCACCUACGCAAAGAGCGUGCAGGUGGGCACACAGAUUGGCGUCGAUGAGUGCAAACGCCAGUUUGCCUGGGAUAGAUGGAACUGCCCCGACAGCGCAACCCAGCUUAAAGGACUGAAACGAGCCACCGGAGAAACGGCUUUCGUUCAUGCUAUCAGUUCAGCAGGGGUCAUGUACACUCUGACCAGGAACUGCAGUCUUGGUGAACUCGAAAACUGUGGCUGCGAUGGUUCAAAGAACGGAAAGCUUGGCGGUCGCGGAUGGUUAUGGGGUGGCUGCAGUGCUAACGUGGAGUUUGGAGAGAGGAUUUCCAAAGAGUACGUGGAUGCGGAAGAGACGGGUCAGGACUCUAGGGCUGCUGUCAACCUCCACAACAACGCGGCUGGCCGAUUGGCCGUGAAAGACACAAUGACGCGUAUCUGCAGAUGCCACGGAAUGUCUGAGAGCUGCAGUGUCAAAACCUGCUGGACACAGCUGUCCGAUUUCAGAGCCGUGGGCAAUUACUUGAGGAUCAAGUACAGUCACGCUGAAAAGCUGGACAUCGACCAAAAGCGCAUGAACGCCGGUAACAGCGCGGAUAUCCAAGGUGCCAUCAUGGACGCGCUCGGCAGCAUCGCUCAGUCAGAGCUCAUCUACCUACAGGACUCUCCAGACUACUGCAGGAAGAACGCCAGCUUGGGGGCGCACGGCACGGAGGGCAGGGAGUGUCUGCUGCACGGACGGGGCUUGACGCAAGGGGAAAGAAGGAGCUGCCGCAGGCUGUGUCACGAAUGCGGCCUGAGAGUGGAAGAAAAGCGCACGGAGGUGAUGAGUAGCUGUAACUGCAAAUUCCACUGGUGCUGUAAGGUGCACUGCGAGGACUGCGCCCACGUUACAGUCAAACACGUGUGCGGCAGGAAGGACGGUGGGGAUGGAAAACGAAGAGAUCGUGGACCCAAAUGAAAACGACUGCGUUUAUGGAUUUGUCUGUUUGCACUUUCCCCCCUUUUUCGUGUAUAAUAUCCUAGUGUAUAUUUAUUAAGAAUGCUGUAAUUAAAAUAAAAAUGUAA